UUUCCACGUUGCCUGCCUACCUGAGUACCCCCUGCCCACCCAGGAAGUGUUUAUUAAAUGCCGUUGCAGUUUGAAAGCGCGGCGUCAGCCCCCGACCCUGGCUCUGCGGAGCCCCAGCUCUGUCUCUUUAAGGAACCCGGCGAGUCGUGAUGCUGCUGUUUGUAUUGCUAAAUCCCCAGGAGUCCAGAGGAAAUCCUGUGAAUGUCAUUGGGGGGCGGAGGGGGAACUCAGCUGCUGAGAAGGCUCCGAGAGCAGACAGCCUGUGCGGGGGCAGCGGGGGCAGAUCCCACCACCACCGGCACGCUACAAAGGAACAAGCCCUGCCAAUGUCAUCGGCCAUCGAGAGGAAAAGCCUCGAUCCUUCCGAAGAGCCAGUGGAUGAAGUCCUCCAGAUCCCCCCCUCGCUGCUGACAUGCGGCGGCUGCCAGCAGAACAUUGGGGACCGCUACUUCCUGAAGGCCAUCGACCAGUACUGGCAUGAGGACUGCCUCAGCUGUGACCUGUGUGGCUGCAGGCUCGGAGAGGUGGGGAGGCGCCUGUACUACAAGCUGGGCAGAAAGCUCUGCAGGAGGGACUAUCUCAGGCUCUUUGGCCAGGAUGGCCUCUGUGCCUCCUGUGACAAGCGAAUCCGAGCUUACGAGAUGACCAUGCGGGUGAAGGACAAAGUCUAUCACCUCGAGUGCUUCAAAUGUGCUGCCUGCCAGAAACAUUUCUGUGUUGGGGACAGAUACCUCCUCAUCAACUCAGACAUAGUAUGUGAGCAGGACAUCUACGAGUGGACUAAGCUGAAUGGGAUGAUCUAGCAAGGCCCUGCCUCACCAGCUCUGAAAGGCGCCUCACGGGCAACACCGGCGCAUGGCUGCAGCGAGGAGACCAUCACCCCAGCCCUGGGCUUUGUGUAAAACGGGGAGGAACACAGGAGUCAGCCCUUGGCAGGCAGCACAACACAGAACCUGCAGUGUUGAUAGGUGAGGAAGGGAGGCCACAGCAAGAGCAGAGACACUGACUCCUCUUAGUGAAGGCACAAGGACCAUAACCGGCAGCAGGUGAGAGGCGCAGAGCAGCCGCAAGGUGACAAUGGCUUCCUGUGACUGCAGAAAGAGCAGAGACUUUUGUAAAGAGAUGUUUGGACUUGGGCACCUGCAGACUAGGAUUGUGCAACUGAGCUCUCUUUUUGUCUUGUUUUAGUUACCCACUUUAGAUGACAGCUCCUAAUGUAGGCAUGAGGAAGAAUCCUGGCAGAGAAAGGCUACCACUAACAGGGACAUUUGCUAUGGCAUCACACUUUGGUCAGAGGAAGGGGGGAGAGGGUGGGGGUUGGUUUUAAUGCAUGGAUUUAAUUUUGUCCUUUGAGAAUGAAUCCUCUAGUCCCAAAGACUUCUUUAAAAAAAAAAAAAUCCUGCUGAAUAGUGGUUUUGGGGUACUGCUCUUUCAAGGUGAGAUGUUCCACAGAUCAUUUCUAUACAGAUAUAAAUCUAAAGAGUUGUUCAACUAUUUUAUUAACUUAGAUUAUAUUGAGAAAAUAUUUGUUGUGUGUAGUAAGACUCUGCAGCUUUAAUAAAAAGGAGACUGGAGUCUUGUUGGUUCCUUCUUUUGGCACUGGGUUGGAUUUUUUGUGUAUUAUUGACUUUAUUUUUGUAGCAGGGUUUCUGCACUUGGUCUACAGCUGAUGCCUGCUGGAUCCACUUCAGGUUGUGUUUCAAAGCUCUCGUGAGCACAAUGAGGUUUCACUAAGCCUUGUAGAGUUCUUCAUGCUGAGGAGAAAAUAGCAUUGUGUGACACUGAGGAUGUUUUGAGGCUGGUGGUCCACAGAUCAAUACAUUUGGGUGUUACUUCACAUCACAGACAGAGGCUAUCUGAUCUCAGAGGAGAUGGUGUAAGGUCAGGGCCUUCUAGAAAGGUAGCUUCUCCUGAUUUUACUCCGGGUUAUUGAAGCCAUGAGCCAGCAAUGUGCUGGCCAAGAAGGCCAGUGCCAUUCUGGGGUGGAUUAGAAGGGCUGCCAACUGCAGAGGGUUGGACUAGAUGACCUCUAGAGGUCCCUUCCAAUGCAGUCCACUCUGUGAUGCUGUGAGUUGGUAUCUUAGUCGUACAGAAACAAGCAGUGAGUGUUCAGGCAAGCUGAGAGUGACCUCCACAUGAAGCCCUUCGAUGAUUCCAUGAUGCCAUUGUGCAUUUCACAAUGGAUAUAUAGAGAGCUCUUUCUUUUCUUGCUUUUGCUGUCACAACAGGUGUUGGGGACAAAGCCUUUAAAGCUCAUUAGCAGUGAAACUGGGAGCUGCCCACCCUGAGAUCAUGCUUGAACCAUAUCCUUCCAGGGUGCUGCGAUUUAGCUCUUCUCAAGUGAGAUGCUGACUUCUGGAGGCCAUGGGCAGCUGAUCAUUAUGGUAACUCUCAGCCUAAAACAGAUCCCUGCCAGCUUGGGCAAGACAGCUGUGUGGUUCAGGAAGGUUUUAAGCUGAACUGGCAGAUAAUAACUUGUGCCAGAGGAUGAGCCUCCACUGGAGCAGUAGCAUUACUCUAACCUGUUUGUUGCUGGGCUUUCCCCUACCAAAUUCCUAACUCUUGCUGUCCAGAUCCAGGAGGAGAGAGAAAAUAUUUCUCCCAGAAUUAGUGUAGGCAACACUUCAUGUCCAUCCUCACCUCAAGUAUCUAAAGACUCUCUCCUGAAGCCACAAGAAAAUAAAAUAUUCCAAAACCAACAGCGAAAAGAAAGGCACAGCCAUCUGAGUAGGGCUUCAUCAGGUCACACUCACAAGCACCAUCCUUUCUGUGGUUUUGGGAUCAGCAGCAUUUUAAGAGGCAUCUCAUCAUCCUUCAGGAUUUCCCUUCUUUGUCCCCAUUAUUCAGUGUCAUGGUAGGAAGAUGAGAGCAUUGCCAUCGAUAUUGCUUCUUUGAUGUCCUUGGAUGAGGGCAAUAAGGACCCCACACAACACAGUUUUCAGUGGAGAGAGUCAGUGGGCAUGGGUUGUUAAUUCAGUACAGGACACAGAAGCUGUCUCUCCCCUCUCUCAAGUUGAUAUGGUGCCUCCAAUUGUCAUUAGACCCAAGAAUCAAAUUAUUUGAAUUCUGGACACAUCAGCACAAAGCCAAAGACUCUCUGCCAAUUCCGCAGCCUGCUCGGAAGAGAACACCAGAGAGCAUCACUCAUUGAUACGACUG